UCCAUUCACACGACCAAUCAAACUAUCAUUACCUCAUCAAUUCAUCAGUUCAUCCAUUCAAAUCCAAAUAACCCCUCAAAACUCGCCUAAACACCAACCCUACCACCACAAUGUCUUGGGACCCCGCUCAGCUGGGUCUAGCUCGGAAUCGGCGGGGAAUUGUCCCACCAGCCGAUCCAGCUACCCAAAGACCCCUGGGUGAAUUUAGUGCAGCGGAAAUCAUCCCCCCCCCUCCACAACAAGAAACCAAUUAUCGGGCUGAAAGGCCCGGACCCAUGUUCAAUCCAUUCCUAGGAUGGGAUGGAGGGCAACCGCCUUGGUCUCAGGAUGAUAAUACUAAUACGACUGCUUUAUGGGAUCCUGGAGCUGGUAAUUUUGAUCAACUUAAUGAGGGUCCUUACGUAAGUCCUUACGUGAAUAUACCUGAUCAGGAUAUGGUGGUGGAGGCAGAUAUUGAUCAAUGGGAUAUUUUUGGAGGGAUUGGUGCGUUCGCGCCUGAGGUGCAGACACAGAAUGCACCUGAACGAGCAAUUCAUCGACAGGGACCUCAAUCGACGGCAAUACCAUUGGGACAACAAUUUGAGAGUGAAGCUUGGGAUUGGAGAGGGGGAAAUCCACCUACUGUUCAAGAACAGAGGGGUAGACCAAGCGAAUGGGUUUUACCUAGUCGAACUCGUGGAUCUACUAGUGAUGUUUAUAUGCGACCGCAACCACCUGCUACUUCUAUUGGUAUGCAUGGUCUAAGGCGAGAACCUGCUGCUGGAGGUAUGUAUGGGGCUCAAGUACUCAGGGCUGAGGAUAUGUAUGCGCCACUUCGCGAACGCGAACGAUGGCAACCACAGCAAUAUAAUCAACCACAACAGUACCAAGCCCAACAAUAUAACCAACCACAACAGUAUAACCAACCACAACAGUACCAAGCCAAACAAUAUAACCAACCACAACAGUAUAACCAACCACAACAGUAUAAUCAGCCACAAAAGAAUCUAGAACAUGUAGAAUAUGCAUAUCGAGGUUUACACAUACCUCGAGCUCCAGGCGGGCCAACGUAUCAACAACUAUAUUAUCCACAACCGGGUGGACUUCUUGGACGUACUGUAUGGGAAGAGCAAAAUCUUAUUCGUCCACCAGGACCACUUAAUUGGAAAGAUACACGAGGAUUUGCUCAAGGUGAUGAAGGAGGAUUUGAUCCCAACAUUAUUGAACAACUUGAAACUGGUGAAUUUUCCCAGUAUGUAACAUCAAUAGCUUCAAAUCUUGAAGCUAUUGACGAAGGACCAAGAAAGCCGGGUGAAUCAAUGACCGCUUGGAGAGCCCGAGUAGUAACUUCGAGGGAAUGCAUUGGGAUAUUGGCAAGUGAGAUUCGAGCCCGACCAUAUUCUUUUCCUACCACAGCAAAACUAGCAGGUGAUACACCGGAACAGUUUAAAGCUAGACUGGCAGCUAGACGAAAAGUAAAAGUACAAUGGGAAAAAGAUAAAGAAGUCCAUAAGAAUAAAAUGGAUCAUACACAUAAAAAUUUUGAUCCAGAAUAUGCAACACAAUAUCGAGCCGAGAAAGCCGCUAGGCAAUUUGAGAAUGCAAAAAGUCGAAAAACUGCUUUGUUAAUCGCUAGACGUAUUGCAGAAAGGGAUAAUUUACCAAGACCUACAACACCUGAACUCCCAGAGGACAGUAGUGAUGAGGAUCUUCCUGCAAUGCCGUCCAGAAUUAGAGGACCUUUGAGCGGGGCUACUGGACCUAAAGCAAAGCGUUGCUUAUAUUGUAAGCAUAUGAGAAAGCCAUGUACUUUAGUUACAGGAUCUCCUCGACCUUGCGAUCGGUGUAGAGCACGUGGGAUAGUUUGUGAGGUUACUCGAGAUCUUGAAGAUGCAAAGUCGACAAAACAUGUCUGGAAAUCGCAAUCAAAGGCGUCAGCUCCUAAUAAUGAUACCGACGAGGAAGAUGAAGACGAUGAUGAUGAAGAUGAUGAACCAAUUACUGCACAAGAAAAAGCAAGUCUAUCCAGGAAGAAAAGAGCUAUGUUCAACCAAGGACCAAGAAGAAAUCCUCCGAGACAAAGGCGUAGAAGCGCAAGCCCUGGUGUAGAUAGUCUACCCAAUAAACAAUGUGAGCCUUGUAGAGAUCAGUCAAGGCCUUGCGAUGGCGAACAACCAUGUGGAACAUGCAGAAUCAAUGGUACAGUAGAUAUGUGCAGCAAGGUUUCUCGUUUUUCCAAAUAUAAGCAACGUGAUUAUCGAGCAGAUUAUGAAACGGGCUUGAAUGAUGAAGUUAGUCCUGGAUGGGAGAUGUUGGCUGCGACACCUGGAGAAGCAGAUGCGGCGGUUCAAAAUAUGGAUCUCGGCCCGAUGAUGAAUUACAGCUCACAGAUGAUAAUGGAAUCAAUGGAGACUGGGAAUCAAACCAGAUUUUUCUUGGAGCAUGCCACAAAUGAUCAUCCAGCUUUGCAGCCACAUCAACCAGAUCCGAACGGUCCGUCAUAUAAUCGUGUGGCGACAGUUGUGGAACCCGACGCGUCUUUUAACAGUCUUGCACCUGAGGCCCCUGAAUUCUUAGCUGAACCAUUUGGCGAUGUGGCACAUUAUGGGGCCAUGACCUUUGGAGGAGAAGCAAUGGAUCUUGAUCUCCCUCCCGAAGCAGAACCUCAAAAUAGUGUUGAAAGGCCAGAUUACCCAGAUGAAGGUCUAGAAGGUGUUCUGACAGGUGUAGAACAACGACGACCCGGACGAGGGGUAAUGGCCUCACUAAGGCGCGACGAUACAGAUCCAGACCCAUCACUUAAGGGAAAACCUCUAUCAGAAUACAGACGACAAUGGAAACAAAAUCUGAAAGGCAUCCUCAAGAACAAAAAUUGCGAUGAAUUAAUUGGAAUCGAUAUCUGCUUCAAAGCUCCAGCAAAGCAUUGCGAUUACCUUCAACAUGGUAUCGAAGGUGGUGAUUGGCAUACUUGUGUACCUUGCCACACAGAUCAAAAUGUUCGAGUUGCUGAUGCACAGCAAACCCUCAUUGAAUAUACCAAGUUAUAUUACUGCGACGAAUGUGUAUCAGAACAAAAACCACGAACAUGGAAUGCAAGACAAACUACGUCGUUCAGGAAAGGAUAUUGUACUUGCACAUCCCAAUUGAGAAAGUCAUGGUUAUGCAAUAUUCAUCGUGAUGAUGCUAUGGGCGAAGUAAUGGAAAGAGCUCUUGCUGUGAAGAAUUGGAUGGCGAGAAGGGAUAUUUUGAAGUGUAAUGGAUGUGAUAGGAAAGAUCUUGGUGUCAGGACGGAGAUGUGGGCAUGUUCGUCAUGUAAAGACGUUGUAUAUGCUUAGAUAAGAUCUGUAUAACUGAUUUGGAGUUUGACUGGAAUGAGAAGUCAAAAUCAGCAAGAAUUUGAAUGAUUUAUGAAUAAAGUAUAUAAAAUGCAGUGGUUGGUGGUUCGUGUAAUGGAUGUGAUUUGAAGAACUGAAAUGAAAUGCAAGAAAGA